AAAACUUCAAAAGAAGCGGAAACAUGACCAACCUGGCAACCCUGCUCUAAACCGACCUGCCCCCUUUCUUAAAGAGACGGUCCUCUCUGACGUCAUCAUCAAAGCUUCCCAAGAUACGCGCGUGCCUCUGACACAGAAGGAGGCUGCUCCAGUGGAGGUUUUUAGUGAUUGUUGUUGGCUUUUUAAAACUCUGCUGCAUGAGGGAUUAUGGCAACGGCGGGUCAGGUGAUCAGGUGUAAGGCGGCUGUUGCCUGGGAGCCCAGGAGGCCCCUCACUGUGGAGGAGGUGGAUGUGGCCCCGCCAAAGGCUCACGAAGUCCGGGUUCAGGUGGUGUCCUCAGGUGUGUGCCACACUGAUGUGGAGUACCUGUACGAGGCUGAGAAAGGCAUGAGCUUCAGACCCUUCCCUUUGGUUCUGGGCCACGAGUCGGCCGGCAUCGUGGAGAGCGUUGGUCCAGAAGUCACCAAGUUCUGCCCGGGAGAUCACGUCAUUCCUCUUUUCCUGCCGUACUGCGGCGAGUGUGAGCGCUGUCGCAGCGUGAAGACCAAUCUCUGCAGGAAGAACUGGGCCAACACUCAGGCCGGUGUUCUGGCUGAUGGCACCAGCCGGAUAUCUUUCAAAGGGAAGCAGAUCUUUCAGUUCCUGGGCAUCAGCUCUUUCUGUCAGUACACGGUGGUUCCUGAAACCUCUCUAGCUAAGAUAAGACGGGAUGCUCCGCUGGAUAAGGUCUGCCUGCUCGGCUGUGGAGUCUCCACCGGUUAUGGUGCUGCUGUCAAAACAGCAAAGGUGGAGGAAGGCUCCACCUGUGCCGUGUUCGGGCUCGGAGCUGUCGGACUCGCCGCCGUCAUGGGCUGCAAGGCCGCCAAGGCCAAGAGGAUCAUUGGCGUGGACAUCAACCCGGACAAGUUUGAGAAAGCCAGACUGUUUGGAGCCACUGACUGCAUCAACCCUACGGAUCACAGGAAGCCUCUCCAUGAAGUGCUGGCAGAGAUGACGUGUGGAGGGGUGGACUACGCCCUGGAGUGUGUUGGAAGCCCCACAGUCAUGAGCGAGGCGCUGGAGUCCACCACAGAGGACGGAGGGACCUGCGUCAUCGCCGGAUGGACAGAGACGGAGAAGAUGGACGUCCAGGUUCUGAAGAUCCUCAUGGGGCGCACUUUGAAGGGAACCUACUUUGGAGGCUGGAAGAGUGUAGUGGAAGUGCCGCAGCUGGUGGACGAGUACAUGAACCAGAACCUGAAGCUGGACGAGUUCAUAACCCACAACCUUCCUCUGGAUCAGAUCAACGUGGCCUUUGACCUUCUGAGAAACGGAAAGAGCAUUCGGACGGUCAUCGGUCUGCAGGACCCUCAGGAGGAGAAACUAUGAAGGUUUCCUUCUUACUUGAAUGAAAAAGGAGAACAGAAACCCUCUGCUUGUUCUCCACUAGGGGGCACCCUCGUUUUGUGGACGUCCCUAAUCUCUGUGCUGUAAAAAAGUCCUCUUUACUGAUAAAGAAUUUUAUAUGCUAACAAA